AUGCUACGGGUAGACCGCCUGAAACAGUGCAGUAAAGUCAAGAACUUCUACAAGUAUGCUUUCAAAAUAGAAGAACCUUAUAGGAUGCUAUUGGACCCUCACUUUGUUGAGCAUGCUGCCCAAGUUAACAUACCAAUUCGACAGUUUGUGGAGACAAAUCUGGAAGCCAAAGUAGAAUUCAGUAAGCCUAUUUGUUUGUCUGGCCUAUGUAUGUGGCCUAUGUAUGUGGCCUAUGUAUGUGGCCUAUGUAUGUGGCCUAUGUAUGUGGCCUAUGUAUGUGAUUGA